AUGUCUGAACGAAAGGUCCUCACCAAAUACUACCCUCCGGACUUCGAUCCCUCCAAGAUCGAACGCAAGCGAGGUCCCAAACAAGUCGGCCCCAAAGUACAGACCGUCCGUCUCAUGGCACCCUUCCCGAUGCGAUGUACCUCCUGCGGCGAAUACAUCUACAAAGGUCGUAAAUUCAACGCGCGGAAAGAGACCACCGACGAGAAAUACUAUGCAAUCUCCAUCUUCAGAUUCUACAUUCGAUGCACGCGAUGUUCGGCAGAAAUCACCUUCAAGACGGAYCCGAAGAAUAUGGACUAUACGUGUGAGAGGGGAGCGAAGCGGAAUUAUGAACCGUGGAGAGAAGCGCAGUUGGCGGAGGAGACGGAGGAGGAGCGAUUAGAUCGAAUUGCGAAGGAGGAGGAGGAGAGGGAUGCGAUGAAGGAUUUGGAGAAGAAGACUAUGGAUGCGAAAACGGAGAUGGCGAUUGCGGAUGCGUUGGAUGAUGUGAGGCAUCGGAAUGCUGCAAGGGAGAGGAUUGGGAAGGAAGGGGAGAUUAGCACGGUAUCUGUUGCAGAGAAGAGGGAUGAGGAGGCGGAGCGGGUGGAGAAAGAAAUUGAGGAACAGGCACGGCGGGCUUUUCAAAGCAGUACGGGCGAGAGRGUGCGGAGGUUGGGCGACGAAUUAUUGUUGGAUGAGCCGGUAGUGGAGACAAAAGGGGAGACGGCAGCCAGGGAGAGGGAAGACAAGGCUGCUAUGCCCCCACCACCUUCCUUUGUACGACAACCGAAAAAGAAGAAGGACUUUUCGGCGGCCUUGGGAAUCAAGAAGAAGUCUUUGGUAUGA